UUCCGUCAACAACGCUUCUCGAUUAAAGUUGAUGCUAGAUGUUUUCGUUAAUUUGAUUCAUUACAUUUAGUGCAACAUUGUGAAACUAGCUUUAUUACAAAGCUUGGCUUAAAAUGAAGCCUAUAACAUCGAAGUUACUGCUGUUGGCAGUAGUUUUGGGCUAUGCAUCGGGUCAAUCAGCACGAUCCAACCUAACGAUACCGAAAAUACUCCAGGGAUCAUGGUUCUCCUGGGAAACUGGAAGGCCAACAUUGACCGUCCUAGACGACCACACUAUGUCGGAUAGAGGAGAACUGAUACACAUGGAGCGUGUGGGGUCAAAUUAUACGUUUAUUUUCCGAGGCCAACGCUGUUUUCAUUGUCUACAUGCAUUCCCGAGGACGUUAAACAUCUUCGAAAAAUAUGAAUCUGCCUGCGUUACUCUUGGCAAGAAUGAAGAUCCAACGAUAAAUCGAGUUUGUCGCGGUAUAACAACCGACCAGCAGCUGAUAACACUGUUCAACGAAAACUACGUCCCUGUAAACUGUCGUUCUUCGCUGGAAGGGGUGUGGCAGUUUGCGUACCAGAAUCGGUUCCGUUUCACGGGCGAAUGUGAUCACCCGGAUGCGAGGAUCCACUCGUGCCAACAGGCCGGCACGCAGUUCCUCAUAUCGAACGAAAAGUUCAACAUCACCUACAAGCAGUGUAUCGGAAUGACAGACACGUUCAACGGAGUGGUUGAGUACAGCUGCUUGGGUGAUUGGUUUGUGGGCAAAAAUCACUAUUUUGCCGUAGCCAACACGAAGGAAUCGCGAAAGGAUGAAAAGUAUCGCUGUUUCUUGAAGAAUCGUGACGAUGAUCUGUACCUGGGUGUGUCGAUUACAGCCGAAUGCAAUACCCUGAAAACGGUAGAAAAAUCUCCAGAACGUCUACGCAUCACACCGGUGAAGGCGGAUGUGAUCGAACCGGGCUGCAGAUUCCCGCAGAAUUUCACCGGCGAAUGGAUCAACACGGCGAACAUUGACGGCGAUGUUAAAAUCAAUGAAACGCACAUAGUUGAAACGUACAAACCGGAUCAGUCUCGUUACCGACGCACGAUUUAUAUUUGCCGAGAGCAGCGCGACACGCGUAUCAUGAUGGCUCGUCUUACGGUCGAUGGUUGCCAGACAGACUACGUUUGUUUUGAUUUCGUCCCAAAACACCACAAUAUAAUCCGCUAUCGGCGUGGACGUGCCUUAAUCGAAGAUGACUUCUCGACGGUAUGCGCGUGGAAACAGUUCGACAACAAAGAGCAGUGGCGGUACGAGCUACUGUUGGCCGCAAAGCCGGUCCCGAUUCGAUGCCCCGUGGCGGGCAAAUUUAACUUCACCCAGAAAGGAGAGGCACCGUUCAAGACGCGUAUCCUUGGCGGUGUGACGUUGAGCCCUCGGCCAGACAUUCGCUGCAAGCAAAACAUAUCCGACUUUUCCGUGUGCGACGGCGACCAGAAGGAAAUGGCAAUUGAUGCGGAUUAUUGUCUGUCGGUGGAUUAUCUCGGUCGUCCCAUCGAUAUCUACAGCGAUCCGGAUUAUCGGAUGAGCUGCAUUGGUUACUGGCAGGAGAAUCUCAAGUCAUAUCUCAUCACGUACGACGACCUCGAUCCACUGUCUAAAUAUCGCUGCUGGGUGUAUCAACGGGCAGAUCUGAACCGAAUCCUGAUGUCGCAAGCCGUCGGUGCCUUCUGUAAUUUAAAGCAGGAUGUGACCUCGUGGAACUGGACCGAGGGAGCAGUGGUUGCGAUCGACAUGACCGAAUACGAGCGAGAGAGGGAUCAGUGCCCUAUGCACUUUGACGACGGAUCGAAUCCGUGGAAGGAGACCGAAAAUUUGGUCACAAUUUUCCAGUGGAGAAUUUACCGUUCGACAGCUGCUUUCACAAGCACAUUUACAUCGUUGCUUAUCUCGGUGGCAGCAGUGUUUUUGAAAGUAUUCUUCUAAAUUUAGCUAAGAUCUUCAUUUUUCUCCGUCCAACUCGCACGUAUGCCGUGCCCAUAUGUGCCUUCAUUCCGUCCAUAAUUGUAAAUGUAGUAACCACAUGAAAAUAAGCAAUAAAGACAUGGAUAGAGACUA